UUUUCCAUAUUAGUUCAGAGCCCUUUCUGCUUCCGAAUAGCGAGCAGGGAUCGCGUAGGGAGAGAAGCCUCCAGUGAGGAGGGAGGGAAGGGCAGGGCAGGGCAGGGCAAGCGGGGCGGCAGGCAGCGUGAAGGAACAGUCUAGCUAAAGAGAGCAAAAGAGACGGCAGGCGAGAAAGAAAAAGAAGGACAAACAGAUAGAGGGCGAGAGCAAGAACAUCCAGUCGGCCUCAAAGGAAGAUUUAGAAUCUCAGCACGAGACAGGAGGAAUUAUGGGGUCGGGGACGAGUCCGAAGGGGUCGCCUGGAGGAGGCAACGCAACCCCUGCCAAUGAGAAGAAGGGAAAAGCAAAACCUGAAGGCCCAUUACUGGAGGAUGUCCAAACAUGUUGUGGCUGCCGCUUUCCUUUGCUUGUCGCUCUGUUCCAGCUUCUAUUGGGCAUCGCAGUAGCAGGGGUGGCCUUCCUCAUGGUUGCCAUUAGCCCCUCUUUGCUGGCCAGGGAGACGCCCCAUUGGGCCGGCAUCAUUAUGUGUGUGGUGUCUCUGCUGGGAUUCAUCCUCUUCUGCAUCACCAGAGUGCCUGAUGAGAGAGCAUCGGUUCAGUUUAUCAUAAAGCUCCUGUACUUCUUCCUGUGCACUAUGGGGCUGGUCAUUUCCGUACUGGUCAUCGCAUUCCAGUGCUACCAUUACGCCCUGACCAACAGGUACAGCUGCAAGGAAAUGGAGGAGGACUGUCUGUGCUCCCUGGACUCUGAGGACCCCAUCGCCCGCACUUUCACCUACAGAGGUGUGACAGACUGCAGUGCCAUCGUAAGCACUCUACCGAUGUAUUACCUUCUGCAGAUGCUGCUGAACCUGGCUCAAGCGAUCAUCUGUCUGCUGGGGGCUUUCCUCAUCUGGAAGCACAGGUACCAGGUGUUUUUCGCUGGGCUACAGAUGGGAUCUCCUUCUGCCCAGAAUUGGCAGAAAGUUUAGGGCACCGAGAGAUUUCUGUCGAGAAGUAAACAUGUGGCGCGUGGGAGUGUUUGUGCCUUUAGAGAAGAAACUGUUUGCUGCAAUAUCUGCCCCAGUGGGAGUUAUCUGCCAUGUGACCUUUUAUCAAAGCAAUUGAACGAGUCUGGGUUUGUAUUGCCAUAUUACAAUAUUUUGGAAAGUUUUAUGC